GUCCCCUCACGUAGGAGGCGUGGGAAAGAGUGCCGCGGGGCAGUCUGGGCCGCUCCCGCUGUCCGCCGCCAUCUUGCUUUACUCUAAGGCGGCUGUGACCGCGGCUCAGAGCAAUCUUGAGCCAUGAGGCUAAUAGCCAGAGCUGGGUCCCUCUCGAGAUUUUAUUCCCUCAAAGUUGCUCCCAAAGCUAAAGCCACAACUGCCCCUGCAGGAGUGCCUCCACAUCCUCAGGACCUUGAGUUUACCAAAUUACCAAAUGGUUUAGUGAUUGCUUCUCUCGAAAACUAUGCUCCUGCAUCAAGAAUUGGUUUGUUCAUUAAAGCAGGCAGCAGAUAUGAGGACUCCAACAAUUUAGGAACCUCUCAUUUGCUUCGUCUUGCAUCCAGUUUGACUACAAAAGGAGCUUCAUCUUUCAAGAUAACCCGUGGAAUUGAAGCAGUUGGUGGAGAAUUAAGUGUGAUUUCAACAAGGGAAAACAUGGCUUAUACUGUGGAAUGCCUGCGGGAUGAUGUUGAUAUUCUAAUGGAGUUCCUGCUCAAUGUCACCACAGCACCAGAAUUUCAUCGCUGGGAGGUAGCUGCCCUUCAGUCUCAGCUAAGGAUUGACAAAGCUGUGGCUUUUCAGAAUCCACAGGCUCACGUCAUUGAAAAUUUGCAUGCUGCAGCUUACCGAAAUGCCUUGGCUAAUUCCUUAUAUUGUCCUGAUUAUAGGAUUGGAAAAGUGACACCAGAUGAGUUACAUGACUAUGUACAGAAUCAUUUUACAAGUGCAAGAAUGGCUUUGAUUGGACUUGGUGUGAGUCAUCCUGUUCUAAAGCAAGUUGCUGAACAGUUUCUCAACAUGAGGGGUGGGCUUGGUUUAUCUGGUGCAAAGACCAAGUACCGUGGAGGUGAAAUUCGAGAACAGAAUGGAGACAGUCUCGUCCAUGCUGCUCUUGUAGCAGAAAGUGCUGCUGCAGGAAGUGCAGAAGCAAAUGCGUUUAGUGUUCUCCAGCAUGUCCUCGGUGCUGGACCACAUGUUAAGAGGGGCAGCAAUGCCACCAGCUCUCUAUACCAAGCUGUUGCCAAGGGAAUUCACCAGCCAUUUGAUGUUUCCGCUUUUAAUGCCAGUUACUCAGAUUCUGGACUCUUUGGGAUUUACACUAUCUCACAGGCUGCAGCUGCUGGAGAUGUUAUCAAGGCUGCCUAUAACCAAGUAAAAACAGUUGCUCAAGGAAACCUUUCUAAUACAGAUGUCCAAGUUGCCAAGAACAAGCUGAAAGCGGGGUACCUAAUGUCAGUGGAGUCUUCUGAGGGUUUCCUGGAUGAAGUUGGGUCCCAGGCUCUAGUUGCUGGUUCAUAUGUGCCGCCAUCCACAGUCCUUCAGCAGAUUGACUCGGUAGCUGACGCUGAUGUCAUAAAUGCUGCAAAGAAGUUUGUUUCUGGCCGGAAGUCAAUGGCAGCAAGUGGAAAUUUGGGGCAUACACCUUUCGUUGAUGAGUUGUAGUACUGAAACACAUAUUGCAGGAAAGAGCUGAACAUUUUCUCAACUAAGAGCAGCAAGUAUGUGAAAGUGAAAAGUCUUUAAUGUAACAUUUAUCUUUUUUUCCAGUGAGAUGAAAUAUCAAAAAGCAUAAAUGCAGGUAAUUGUUCCCAACUGACCUAAAGUCAAUAAAACUUCUGUUUAAAUGUU